AUGAUGUUUUAUUAUAACUAAUUUAAAUCUCGCAGUUACAAACACUCAUAAUUUUAGAUUGCUAGAUAUUCAUUCUUGAGUAUCAGAUUUAAACAUUUUUUUGUUUUAUACAGAUAGCAAUUAAAAUGAAGCUAACAACAUCCUUAAACUUUACGCGCUAGUCUGAAGGAUUUUACACCUUAUUGUGUGGACACUACUUAAUUAAAAGGUACAUAAGGUAUCUCCAAGAAGCAAAAUGGCAGAGAAGUCUUAUACAAUGGAUGAUCUUAGUCUAGUCAAGACGGAGGAAACGGUUCCAUUAAAGAGGAGGUCCUCACAAGGUGACCAACCCUCAAGAGAUAAUGAAGUCAAGUCUCCUGUGUUGAAGUUUUUGCUGGGAAGAGCAGAUGCGGGAAAUAUCUUUGAUUCUAAUGGUACCGCUCCUCCAGUCCAGUCAAACAAUGAGUGCCGUCAUCGGAUCUGUAUGACAGAAGUGGCGCCUUCACACAGCAGCAUUUUUGGAACUGAGAAUAGGGAAGAAUGGAAGCUCUCCAUUAGCGAGUUUUCUUCUAAAAAGCAUGGGAAGAGUAGCAAAGAUCUGCCAAAGCGCAUCAGAACAUUCUACAAGAAUCAGGAUGAAUUAAUCACUACCUUUGAGGACUUCCAUUUUGGGGUUGAUGAUGCAAUGAAACACACUGAAGAAAUGGAAGAAAAGCGCAAAAAGGCUAAUAUAUUAGCCAAGAUAACUCUUGCUGCAAAUGUGUGUCUGCUGAUAGCCAAGUUGGUGGCGGCCAUUUUGUCUGGUUCUAUCUCGGUUAUCUCGAGUCUGGUGGACAGCUGUGUGGAUCUGUCCUCGGGAUUUGUGAUCGCCAUCACCGAGAGAGCCAUGCGGAAGCGAGAUCUGUAUGAAUACCCUCAAGGUCGUACAAAGUUGGAGCCAAUCGCCAUUGUCAUACUGUCUGUGAUCAUGAGCUUGGCUUCCAUCCAGCUGAUUGUAGAGAGUUCUGAAAAAAUUGCUGGUUUAGCGACAGGAGGCGAAAACCGUCCUGAUGUCGGCAUUACAACUAUUGUGCUUCUGUCUUGUACUAUUGUCACAAAGAUAGUCCUGUUUCUGGUCUGUAGGCGGGUGAGGACUCCUUCAGUGGAUGCCAUGACCAGAGACCAUCGCAAUGACAUACUGUCCAACAUCCUGGCCAUUGCCUUUGGAUAUAUAGGUUCCAAGAGUAUGUACGAGCAGUACCAGGUGUCGGAGCUGGUGUACCUGGAUCCUAUAGGAGCCAUCCUGAUCUCGCUGUACAUCCUGUUUGGAUGGUGGUCCACAGGAUAUGGACAAAUCAAAUUGCUCACCGGACACACGGCCAAGCCAGAUUUCCUGAAGAAGCUGACUUGGAUUUGCAUGAAUCACCACCCCAAGCUUUUAUACGUGGACACAGUCCGAGCCUUCCACUUCGGAGUGAACUUUCUGGUGGAAGUGGACAUUGUCUUACCGGAAGACAUGACUCUCAAAGAGGCUCACGACAUCGGAGAACCUCUGCAGCAAAAACUAGAAAGCUUACCAGAGGUCGAGCGAGCUUUUGUGCACUUGGAUUAUGAGUUUGAGCACAGACCGUCUGAUGAGCACAAACAAGUGUGAAUAUUCCGGCUCACAGAAAUAAAAGGCCAGCACAGAUUCUGUGUCUGACCACCUGGAUUCAGAUAUUUAAAGAAUCUCAAAGUUGGACCACAAGUAACAGAUAAACUACAGAAGGGUCAGGGCUGAAAAAAUUCAAUAUCUGCUUUGUUGCAUGAAAAUGCUAUGUCAGUUGAAAUGUUGAAUGAAAUUUUUUUUUUGCCCAAUGCAUAGUUGUAUGUUCUUCAAGUCUACACAUGUACUGUAUAACAACAUUGUAAUGUACUUACUCAUCAUGUACCGGUGCUUCUGUUACAAUCAAACGAUAACUAUCGGUAGUAGCAUUCAAUAUUGCCUUUGGUUUUUUGAUAUACAUUGUAUGAUUCUAUUUCUGAUUUUAACAUAUUAUUGGCUAGAAAGAUUAUUUUAUACAUUUGAAUUUAUUGCAUAUUGCUUAAUAACUACCAUGCAUCAAUACACAUGAAUUUGUACAAUUUUUUUUUUUGGGGGGGGGGGGGCAAAUUAGGAGUUCAGUUUGUCGUCUUUUUGUGCUGACUGAUAAAAUAUUGAAUCAUAAAGUCCAGAAUGAAUUUAUUAGCUACCAAAGUAAUACUCAUAUAAACCAGAUUGGAACAGUUCAUACUUUUUCAUAGUCUGUAUAAAUUUAGUAGCUAUCUAAUUUUUGCCCUACAUACCUCCAUAAAUCCACAAUAUCAAUGUAUAGAAAAUGGCAAUUUUAUUGGUGUGUUGAUGUGUUGUCAGCUGACGCUUGAUUUUUCUCAGUCACCUCUGACAUACACUGGUGGUGGUCAUCUUCAACAUAACAGUUCCACCUGUCAAGCCCCAAUCAUGGGUUUUAUUUUUAUCUUGUCUGUAAAUAUUUUACUUUUUUUAUUAUUUUUGUAACUUAUUUUGAUAUCUCUUUUUUAAUUCUCUGAAUGUAUCGUUUAACUAUGGAUGGUAUCCAUCCACUAGAUGAAAAAGAAAAAACCAAGACAAAAAUUGACAGUAAUUAAAACAAAAGGUCAUAUUUUAAAAGUGCUUGCAUGAAAAGAAAAUUCUCAUUAUUUAUAAAUAAAUAGAACCAUUUUAACAAGUCCUUGGACUUUCAGUAGGAUGUAACUAUCUAUUUCUUGUGUCAAAACAAGUUAAAAUGACGCUGGUUUCAAGCGAAAUAUACACCGAUUGCGCAGCCUUAGCUCAAAAGCCAGACAAAUCUUGUUGAUUUCAAAGAGCCAUGACUGAGUGGCCUACAAUGAAAUAGACAGGCCUAUGCCAUAAUGCAGUUUGACACAACUACCCAAAGUCCAAGCUCCUGUUAAAAUGGUUCUAAGUUGGAUUUUUGAUUGGUUACUUAUCCUUCCCUUUCUCUCCUUACCCAAAAGAAACAAUUGGUUAUAGCUACUUUUAUGUUUAAAUGCUGGCUGCAAUACCAGUACAUGUAUCAGUAUAAUUUCUACAGUACUCUUUGAUAACAAGUACAUACUGUACACAAUUACUAUUUUGGUUGGUUGAGGGGUAGAAUAGGACAGUAGUAUGUGAUAAGUCUUUCUUGUCUUAUACACCACAUUGUCUUCGUCAAAAAUUAUACUUGUUCAGAUUUUAUACAUGUUCAGAUUUUUUUUCUCCAUUUGUCAGUCAAUGUGAAAUGAAGCAGGCAUAAAUGGCACUGGAAAGUGUUUCUAUUUAACAUGUGUUCAAAUAGUCAUAAUACAUGCAUUUGUUAUUACUGCAUUUUUGUUAUAAGAAAUUUUAAAAUUAAGUUAUGUAUUGGGAUAUAUGUGUAUUGAAUACAAAUAGAAUAUUUAAUGUUUAAUAGUGAUUUAUCCCAGCUGAUUUGCUGCCCAUAAAUUCUAUUGAUAUUAAUUCAUCUUAGAUUGGUGAUUAUGGUUGCCAUGUCUCAAAUGUAUAUUAAUUCAUAGGAAUUGUUUCAACACAUAAUGAAAAUGUGCAAAUUAGUUUGUCAAUGAACUGUGAUAAAUGAAAUAUCAACAAUA